CCCCCGGGACCGGCGGCCCAGCCCCUCCGGCCUCCGUCCGCGCCAAAAAAGGCCCGGGCGACGAUCGCUCCCCGCUCGGGUCGUCCCGGGCCGUCGGCCGGGAGGGGAUCCCAGCCCCCAGCCGGCAGCCUCCUCCCACGCCUGGCUUCUCACUUCCGCCCGCAGGACCCCCGCCGCCCGGCUCCGGCUUUCGGGGAGGGUAGGAGGUGGCGGGCCUCGGCGGCGGGCCUCGGGAAGGCGCGUCCCCGCGGCCGCCCCCGCGCGCCGGGCGCCGCGACCCUGCAGCCCGCCUGAUCUGCGGCGAUGCUCCGGGCGCGCGGAAGGCGGGAUGAAGCCGGUUGCCUCUUCUUCCAAGGCGCCUUACCAGCGGGAAGGGAAAAGGAAAAGAAACGGGCGUGGGAGGAAGGGGAUGAAAUAAGUCGGGGUCCGGGAGUCAAAAAGACAUCACAUCUGGGAUCGCCAGUCCUGUCGAGUCCGGCAUCGUGUCCCGGGGGACCGAGGCACACGGGCCGUCUCUGAGCGUGUAGGUGGCACCUCGAGCUGAUUCUUCGGAAUGGUCAUCGCGUAGGAGCCAUCUUGCAGGAAGAAGGGUCAGCCAGAUGGCAGCAGGUUCUGCAGGUCUCGGUGCACCGGGUGCCCCCGAUAGAAAGGGCUGGGAAGCAGAGGAGCUUGUAUUUGCUGCUGCGGCCUGUUCUCUUUAUGCUAUUAAAAGAAAGAAGUACAACUCAACUAAAUAAAGAAACCUCUCUUCCCUCUUUCCUGUGAACAGAUGAAACACUCAGAUUGCUUGCAGAAAGAAUAAAGGCAGAGGAAAGAAUCUACGUCUUCCAAAGGCUAAAGGACAGAGUAUUGAAAUGGCCUGGAAAGUGUUCAGCAUUAACAGCAUCAAGUCAAAUGUUCACCUGGGGUGCAACUGGGAAGAAACAAAAGAAAAAUCAACGUGCUGUCAAAGAGCCGCUUCAUUUUUCUAGAAAGUGACCCUUCACAGAGUUCCAAGGGAGCCUUCUCCCUUAGCAACAGCCCCGAAGUUCCAGAAACCAUUCUAAACCCUGAUGGUCAGCUUCAGCGUCUGUCUGGUCAUCAGACUUAUUGCCGAGUCUUCAUCCCAGGGAGAUGCAUGUGGUGGCCGUGGCAGCAGACGUGAUUUUGCUCUUAAGCAUGGGGUGGACCUCAGACUCUCUCUGCUCACCCACUGUGUUUUACAGAGACUGCUGGAUCCGACGCUUCCCAGGUCUCCUAAUUGACCUGGAGGAGUCUCAGAAGCUGGGGGCCCAGUUCUUGAAGUAUUAUUCCGAAAGCACUGGUCAGAAGUGCAGUCAGAGCUGCUGUCUUAGGAAGGAUGUUUCCUGUAACUUGGCUGUCUUCUUCCACGAUCCUAUUCAUGGCGAUGUCAACUGCCUCCAUAUUCACUGCCCAACCCUGGAGAGCUGCAUAUUGGAGCCCGGAACCAGCGCCAUUUUAUACAACAUAACAGACGGUGUAGAUCCAGAUUUGCUGGUUUUUGAACAAUCACUGCCCACAUAUCUAAAUACCCGUUCUUCAUCUAACAUACGGGAGAGACUAAGGAUUCUAAAAGCUUUGUAUUCAGAUAAACAACAAACGACCAUGAUAAACCAAAUGCUACCAUCAGUAGAGGCUCCAUCAUCAAUCACAUAUCAAGAUUUGUUUGCAACCACAAAUAAUACUAGGUAUUCCAAGGAAUUAACCACAGACUCUUGGGCAAGAUUCAUUUCUCUGAAUGACUCCAUUACCACAAACGUAAAUAUGGUGUCAGCCAGUACUGAGUUCAUCAACAAUCCAGAUAACAAGACUAUUUCUCCUUUCUUUGUGCCUAUAGACACAAAACUUUCUCAUAUGCCUAUUCCAUCCCAACUCAACAGUAGCAAACAAUUACUGAACAAAACCAAAGGAUACAACAGCAGAAACCGUACAUCUGAGAAUGAAGACACAACACCUGAUGGGGCACCUGUGACUUCCAAGAUGUGGUUGGUUCCUGUGGCCCUCUGCACCUCUGUCAUCUUUCUCUGCUGUUGUGUAGUCAUCCUGGCAUCAGGAUGCUGUCGAAAGCACCAGGGCCAGUAUAAACUAGGACAGAGAAAGUCAGGAUCCAAGCAAAUUAAAAAAUGUACCAUUCUGAAGGAGCGCUCUUAAUGGUAAAAGAUGUGAGCAUUGUAAGCUUUUAAGAGAAUCAUUUUUAGUUUUCUGUAAGACGAGGGCAGUUUGGUUAAAAAUAAAUAAAUAAA